UUGGAGCUGACGUCGGCGAAAUGAAAUCGGCUGGUUGCCCUUUUCCUCACAGAAUGGAAGUUGUCGUGGAGGUGAAUCGGACUAAACUUUCUUUACUUGGAAGGAUAUUGAACUUUUUUUCUCUGUAAAGGACCGCUGUUAAAACGAAGCCCCGCUUUUCGGCUGCUCACCUUAUAGUGCCCCCGUAUGGAGGAUGAGGAGGAUGAUGUGUUUGAGCCAGACCCUCACUGCUGGCGCACCACAUUCAGGGAGAUAAAGUGUGAAGACCGGGGCACACAGACACCUGGCCUUGCCCUGGCACCCAACAACGGCAUGCUUCCCUGUGGAGUCGCAGAAGAGCCCAGACCACUCUUCUACGGCAACGCAGGUUUUCGAUUGCACUUCCCGGCACAUUUUGAACUCUUUGGGGAUCCAGUGAGGCGACAAGUGAGUGAGGAAGAGGAGCAAAACGGGAUGGAGCAGCUACCCCGGCAGCAACCUAUGGCACGCAGUGUGGAGGCGUGCAUUGGCCAGAAACUCCAGCUGAUAGGAGACCAGUUUCACCGGGAACACCUACAACUGUAUCAUCGAAACCAAAGGAACCAGGGGCCGCUGUGGUGGCGCCUGGCUGCAGCUCUGCUCAGUCUUCUGUUUGACAGAGGGUUCAUUGCUGGAAGAGGUGGAGCAGGACAGAGGUGAGAGGGUCUUUCCCUCCCGUCCCUUUUCUUCAUCUCUUUGAGGAACUGGACUCCAAAUGGCACUGUCAAAUCUAACACGGGUCUGUUUUGGGGAAAAAAAAAAGACAAAGAGAGACAAAAGGUCACCGCGGGACGGAGACAACCAACUUUUAUACAAGGUCGUGUGUUUUUCUUUCCAAGAAGAUGCCAUGAUGUUCCGAGAUUCCUCCACAGGACAAUGUUCAUAUUUUGGUAUACAUGUGGUGUAGUAGUUUUGUACAGUACAUUGUUCUAAAUUUUUUGCACUUCAACAUGUAUCCAUCUCUAAUGACCUCUGCAGACCCUGGGAAUGCCUUAUUCAAUGUCUUCUGCCAGAAUGAGUAUUGAGCAAAUUUUACAGGCAAGACGAGAAGGUCAGGAAAUGAAAGGAAAUGUGACUUUGAGGUUUUCUUUUGUGAAGUUUCCCAGGUGACCAGUCAAGUUGAUUUACUAAUUUCCAAAGAGACAACUUCUCAGAACAAAGCAUUUUGCACCUCACCUCAGUGGAACAUUCACAUAUUUUUUUUUUCUUUUGUUUUUUUUUUUUUCUAAAUCCAUAUUUGUUGUUAAUGUUUUCUUUUCCCUUAAUUUCCAUGGUAUGGCAGUAAGUGUAAACAUCUCUGACUGUCAAUCAUAAUACUGGGAACACAGUAAAAUUAUGCCCGUAAAAAAGUCUGCACACCAAGACAUGACAUCUAAUUAUACCUAAGUGUUUUGACAGUAGCCCAUUUUUCAGUCUCGUGCGACAAGUCAAACAUGUCAUGAGGACUUUCUGAUUGCCCUGGAAGUAUCGGGGUGGAGUUUGACAUACUGAACAACACUUACUGGUCAAACAAGCCUGGUGACUAUAGCAGACUUGUGUACCAUGGCACAGUAAACUGGCUGAGGACAACAUCACUGGAAACUAUCAUGGAAACUAAAAUCAAAUGUUAUUGACCUUAAAUAAAUAUCAAAAAGAAUUGAGUAAAUAUCAGUACAUCUCAACUAAUGUAAUGCUAAUUAGGUAGUACAGCUACUAAUCGACUGAUUACCUGAGACAUGAAUGAUACUAGGAUUAAAAUGGUGUGCUGAUUUUUGCAUGAGUUUGGAAGAGUUUUGAAGAUAUAGCACCUGUGCACUAACUAAAAAAAUUAGACCGAAGUUCAUUGUCUUAUACAAAUCAAAGUAAGCAUUUCUUUACAUAAAUUGUAUUAAGAGUUUUAGUAAAAAGUCCUGUCAGUAUAAAUUUUAAUUUGCGUGAGAGUACCAGAUAACACUCUAGUUUAAUCUUGUUCCCACUUUCAUUCUCCAGUACAAAGUGUCCCUGUGAGUUAGAUGUGUUCUUUUCAUGUGAUUGUUUUCAGACCUUCAUGCCCUUGAAGUGGAGCUCUGGAUCCACUGUUUUUGCACUAGACUACACCCUUCAAGAGUUCAGAUUGUUACCGAGCUAACCUCUGUCUUGUAUGAAGGUUUUCAGUUAUGUCUUAUUUUUUUUAACGCAACAUUUCAGAUACUUAUUGACAAAUAAUCAAUGCAAAGACCUCACUGAACACAGUCUGGAUUGGAAAUGGGUUGUGGAAAAUGUCAUGUACCAUACAAUGGAGCAAUGUUCCUGGAUUGAAAGGUUUCAAAGACCUGGUUUUCUUUAUUCAGCCCUUAUGUGUUCUGAACACCAAACCAAUACUACAUAAUCAAUCUGUGAAACAGAAUCUCCUCCUCUCAGGCUACAUUUAUAUGAUUUCACAUCAUUUUUUAUAUUCUGUCGGGAGAUCUUGUAUUGUCUUUGGUGCUCAGAUGAAGAUUUGGGACUUUUUUGGUAUCUAUAAUCACCACUGACUUUGAAAUGACACAAAAGUGAAAAAGACUGUAAUUAUUGUUGAAAUAUGAAUAUGUUUAAAGACACUGUUGAAGAUGCUGUUUGUUAUGUUUUCCAUUGCUGAACCCAAGCCAACGUUUGGACCCAAGGAGCAGUACAUAUCAGGGGUCUGUAAUUACUUGCUCCUUACAAUGUGUCAUGUUUAUCACUGCGUAAUUAGGGUUUCCUCUCAUUAUCCUAAGAUGUCUCAGGGACAGACUUUGUGGGCUACUGGUAACCUUGAGAAUCUGUUACAUGGUUAGAGGAAGAGCAGUGUUGUUACCCAUUUAUUUAUGAUGAAACCUCCUGAGGUUCAUUCAUAUUUCUUCACAUUUCCUCUUCAGUUCAAAUUCCCUCUCGGCCAAUUCGUCAGCGCACACAUAAAGGUACAGUUAGAUGGAGGAGUCUGAGGCUGACUCGCUGGCUGUGGUGGUGACAGGGGCUACUGAGCAUGUAGUAGUAGGCGUGAGGUGCACUGAAUGUGGUUGUGGUUAUAGUUUCCUGCGGAUCCUGAACGCUGAGCCAGUCCUUGUAGCGCCCUGUCUCACCAUUUGCUCUUGACGUCCUCUUUGUGCUGCUCCUUCAUAACAUGGGUGUCGUUCAUUGGUUCAUUUUCAUUGUAACUUAUUUUUUUUUCCUUCUUAUUUAUUUUUGUGUAUUCGCCCAUUUCUACUGUAUACACUUGUGUGUGCAAUGUUGUUUUCCUUUUUUUUUUUUCUGGGUUCAGUCUUACACUUGUACCUGCUUACCUUGUUUGACUCUGUGCAGUGUGGGUUAGCCUGCACUGUGCUUGACAUUUCUUCACAUGAUACUCAACCCAAUCCUUUCAGUAUUACUCAUCUCCUGUUGGCUGUAAGUGGUUUGUAGUGUGACCCUCCACUAAGGACAGCAGUUAACCUCAUAAUGGUUACCAGUGGAUGUCAUUGGUGACUUGUUUUUCACCGUAGAACUGCACAUUCAAUGCAGCUAUUGUAACGCCAAAAUGUACUACCUCCAACUGAGCUUCACAACUUUGAAAGAGAGUAAGAGUGUGCCAUGGAAGUAGUGCAUUAUUAGUUUGUGUUUGAUGGGACUGGAUCAUACAGUAGUAGACUACACUGCAAGAGAAGUUUCUUUCAUACUUGAAAACUUCUUACUAUUAAAAUUCAUUGUAACCACCAUGCUGUCAAAUAUACAAACCACUUGCAGUAACCUUUAAGGCUUCAGGAGUGGGUGCAUUAAAAAACAAAAGAUAUUGGGGUGAGUAUUACUGAAAGGUUAUUUUCCAGGGACUGGCCCAAUCAAUUCAAACAUUUUCAUUAUUAUUUACCAGUCAUGGUAGAUCUACUAUAUGUGGUUUCGAAAAGCAGUAGCUUUGAUGCAGUUUUGGCAUUUAACCUUUCAAUAUGAUGUGAUCUUGCCUUUACAAUUAAUGAGUCAUCCCCCAUUCCACCCACCGCUAAUGAUAACGGAUGACAUUUAAGAUGUUUCAGAACACACAGAGGCGUUGCCUUCAUUUUCUUUUUUUUAAUGUCAUGCGUGUGUUUGUUUAAAUUCCGUAGUCUUGAUCAUUAUGUUGUAAUCAACAUGCACUGGAAAGUACUUUGUUUCUGUAGAUCCCAUGGGUCCCUUAUCUGUUGUGUGUUAAUGUAUAGUAUAUACUCUGAAUUGUUUUCUUAGGCUGUUCUUGCCAUGUGUCAGCCGUAUAUCUGUGCAUUGACCCAGUAGGCUGGGGAAGGAUGGCCUGUUUGGUUUAUUUGAAAGGGAAACAAGCCACCAUGGUGCCCUGUGUAAUUUGUUAGAAUGAGGUUCCCAUGAUGCGCUCACCGUAUUGUAAGUGAGUGCAGAGAAUCCCUGGAGUGGGACAUGUAUUUUAUGGAAACCGUCAGUGUCUUGAAUUUUGUAGUCCACUUUAUAUAAAUUUGAAGUUUUAAAGAAGGUUUUGAUUUUGGAUUUUUUAAUAACAUUUCUUCUUCAUGAUCUUAAUGUUUUAAAAAUGUAUUUUCAUAAAAAAUGGUCUGCUUUUAUAAGGACAGUUCAGUACAAUAAUUUUAAUACAAGUAGAUCUUUUUAAAGUCCAUGAGAUCGAGGGCAUUUUGUAAUGAAAGAUGCAUUCCCUGUACAUCUCAAUGUGGUGUAUAAACAACCAACCAAACCAAAAGAAUUAAUUGUUGGCUCAUGAGCCUUUAGCUCUAAAAUACUUGCCCUACUUUAGACUACAGACAAAGUGUACAUGUGUUUCUAAAACCCUGGAAUAUGCCUUUAACUGCUCAGUUUCAACAAAGUCUUGAUUAUCACACACUCUCUGUAUACCAAGAAAUGAGACCCAGCGAAAAUGUAGCAUUUUUGUAAACAUUGACUGUGUGUUUUCGAGACUCUACUGUGCACUCAUUUUUGUGUUUAUAUAUAUUUUUUGGUUGUUGAUAUAAUAUGGAAGUAAAGACAAUUUGUAAUGUAGUGCAAUAUGCUGUACAUAAGGAGCUUUGCUCUACAAAUCUUUUUUUCUGGAUUUCUUGUUGUUUAUUGGUACUUUUUUCAAUAAAAGUUUAUUGAAGGUG